AUGCGUCUCGCACAGUAUGCGCUGCUAGUGACGGCGAUCGCAAGCAUCGGUGCUGUUGAGCUCAGCCAGCAGCUCAAGAUCCCGUCGAUCUGGAGCUCACCCAUGUUCCAGUCGGGCGGUGAUACAUCCAGCUCAACCCCGCCCAACGGUCAACCGCAGCCGCAGUCAACCUCGACACCGCUCUCCGAAAGCUUCCAGAUCCACCCACCAGCGCCCAUCCUCACCCACUCCGGCAUCUCCUGCUCGGUCACCCUAGUCAAUCGUUCCUUCGCCAACAGCUACGGCUCUACCUCGCACCUCCUCUUCGACCCCUUGGUCUCGUUCUCCGGCACCCCCUGUGCGGAUCCAAUCAGCUGGACGGGUCUCACCCUCGACAUCCACGGCGAGACCCGAGGACGCCAAUUCGACCGACUGGGCACGGUGUGGAUCGGCAACAAUGUCACGGGGCAAGGAGUCGAGGUGAUGCGACUGGACAAUCCGGAGCCCACCCGCACGGGUGUCUAUUGGGACAUCCAAAAGGAUGUGGGACGAUACUGGUCGUUGUGGAGCCAGAGGGCGGAUGUGGUGUUUGACCUGCCGAACAUUGUGGAUGAAACGUAUACGGGGGCGUUGAAUGUGACGUUGAGCCUCACUGCUUCCGUCGACGGCGUGGUUGGGCAAGGUGGGAAGCAUCGUCGACGUGCAAGUGUCGCAGCUCUACCGCUCGCAGAGAGGGCUCCGGAUCUGGUACUGCCCCUAUCGAAGCGCUUACAAACGGCCAACUCGGUCUUCCUCAUCACCGGGGUGAACAACGCCAGUACAUCGCUCACGAUCCCACAAAACGCAGCCCGAGCGAUCGUUGAGAUCUACGCAUCGGGAACGGCAAACGAAGAGUUCUGGUACACCAACCUCCCCACUCGCUUCCUCACCCCUUCGCUAUCUAGCGCAGGCUACUUCGGUCAUGGGACGUAUCGCGAGGUGCAACUGCACAUCGACGGGAGGUUCGCCGGCUUCGUGACGCCCUACCCGGUGGUGUUUACCGGUGGGGUGAAUCCGUUGCUGUGGAGACCAAACGCUAAUUGGGGGAGCUUCGAUCAGCCGAGUUACAACGUGGAUAUCACGCCCUGGUUGGGGAAGUUGACGGAUGGAGAGGUGCAUGAGUUCGUGGUGAAGGUGGUAAGUGGCGAGACGGGAGGGGCGGUGGGCGAGGGAUGGUUUGUCAGUGGGAAUGUGCAGGUGUAUCUGGAUGAGUCGGGCGAGAGGACGACGGGCGAGGUUGUGAGGGUGGAAGGUGGGGACGAGGUGGAUGGGUGGGUGGAUGGGACGAUGGAAGGCGAUCCAACGACGAACGGGUCGCUGACGUACGAGGUCGGGCUGCGGAGGAGCAGGAAGUUCGGCGUCGUGAGUAGCAUCAGGACUGGAUCUGGGAAAGAGUACCUAGCGGGCUGGUACCAGCAGGCGCAAUAUGGCAACGAGGGAUACGUCAACGCCACCGCUCAGACGAACGAUCAGAGAAGCUACGGCUGGAUGAGGUCGGUCGUCUUCGACAACAGCUCCAUCGACAGCAGCUGGUCAUGGGACGAUCUUCAAAUUCUGUCAGACGCAGGGUUGCAGGAUGUACAAGCCGUGCAGCUGGACUACAACUACCCGCUCUACGUUGCAUCCUACCUGUCCAACAGCAGCUUCGACGCGCAGGUCACGCAGCAGUUCGACCGGACCGUUCGGAGGAUCUCUCCCACUUCAAGCACAGAAGCUCUCGGGCAGAUGGUGGGCGACGAAACGACGGUGGUGCAUGCCGACCCAGUGGCGGCGUUGGCGCACACGACGCUGUCGAGCAGGAGAGGGGAGGCGCGGUCGGUGCUCGUGGAUGGGCACAUUGCGAAUGGCACGGGGACGUCGGAGCAGACUUUUAUGUAUCGGGACAUGGCGGGUGGCACGAUUGAUAGGCUGACGAGGACCAAUACGACGAGCGUGUUGGAAGACCGGCUGCGAGGAAGUGCGAGCGGUCGUGCUCAACCAAUGCAGUUGACUACAGCCUAG